AUGAACCGCCUCCACCUGCUGGUGCUCCUGGCCGUCGGCGCGCUCGGCCUCGUCGCCCUGUGCAGCGCGGACCGCACCGAGCGCUUCUUCCCGCUGCUGGGCUUCGGGUUCGGGCCGCCGCCCCGCGCCGUGACGCCCUCGGCCUGCGUCACGCAGAACAACCUCAACGGAACCUGCUCCAGUCGCCGCAACUGUGCCGGCGUCGCCGGGGGAGUCCCUGCCGGGGACUGCGCCCGCGGGCUGGGCGUGUGCUGCGUCGUCGUGGCCACUUGCGGCGCCACCAGCAGCGCCAACUUCACGUACUUCACCAACCCGGGCUACCCGGGCACCUACCCCGGCGGCGGCCGCUGCACCGUCUCCAUCACCAAGUGCGCCGGCGUGGACCAGCUCCGACUCGACUUCCUGGACCUGACGCUGGCCCAGCCCGACGCCAACGGCUUCUGCCGAAACGACUUCCUCACCGUGUCCGGGGGCUCCUUCCCGCUGCCCAGGAUCUGCGGCGCCAACAUCGGCCAGCACAUGUACGUGGACAUCCCGGCGGGCACCAACUCGAUCGUCAUCUCCGUGGACACGGACGCGGCGGUGCGCUUCGCGCGCACCUGGAACAUCCGCGUCACCCAGAUCGAGGCGACGAACCCGAGCCACGCCCCCGCCGGCUGCCUCCAGUACUACCAGGACGCGGCCAACACCGUCUCCAGCUUCAACUACGGCAUGACCGCCAACACGGCGGUGGGACAGACACCGGCGGGCACGCGGGAAAUGGCCAACCUGGACUACAACGUGUGCGUGCGGCCCGCGGCGGGCUACUGCAGCAUCGAGUGGAGCCAGCCCACCGACGACCCGUACUCCUUCACCGUCUCCAGCGACACGGACGGCCUGGACACCACCGUCCUGGGCACCGCUAACGCCGCGUUGACGGGCAUUGCGUGCGAUGGCGACUACGUGGUGAUCCCCAACCCGAUCCAGAACCAGCUCCUCCCCACCACGUACAGCGACCGCUUCUGCGGCAAUGGCUUCGUGACCACGAGCUCCGUCACCAAGCCGUACUGGCUGGCCGUGCACACCAACAACACCGAGAUCAGCCCGGUGACGCCGCCGGUGGCGCCGGCGCUGCCGACCGCGCCGCCGGCCGACAUCGGCAACCGCGGGUUCCGGCUCAACUACCGACAACUGCCCUGUCCCAUAUUCUAA